AUGUCCCUCGAGACCGGCGAGCCGCCGAAACUGUACAGCGUCAACUUCCAGCCGCCGGCACCGUUCGACUUCGCGAACCCGCCAACGUGGGCGACAUGGCUCAGCCGCUACGAAGACUACGCAGUGGUUUCAGGACUGUUGAAAGCGUCGGAAGACAUGCAGGUACGCUCGCUACUGUACUGCAUGGGCCCGGAGGCCCGCCCGCUUCUCGAGACUUUCUCGCUCGACGCCCAGUCGCUCGCUUCAUACCAAGCCGUUGCCACCCGCUUCACUGAGCACUUCGUGCACCCGGCAAACGAGCUUUACGAAUCAUCACGGUUCCACAGACGCGUUCAGCUGCCCGACGAAAGCGUCGACACGUACUACGCAGAACUGCGCAGGAUGGCCAAGCGCUGUAACUAUCCGUCUGCUGCUGUCGAGGAAAGGCUCGUACGCGACCGGUUCGUCGUCGGCCUCCGCGACUCCCGUCUCUCGGACCAGCUGUGCCGGAACGCGAAGUUGACACUACAGGACGCCUGGACACAAGCCCGUCAAUCCGAAGACGCCGACAGGGAAAAGGCGUUGCCCCAGGACCGCACCGAGCACUCCCGCGAGCUCAACCUCGACGCCGCAAAAGCUAGCAAGUUCCCCUCUCGCCGCCGCUCCGCCGCUAAGCCUCGUUCGCCGCAGUCGCUAGCAGAGCGCUCACGCGAGCCGUCCACAUGUGAAUUCUGCGGCUGCGCGCCUCAUCGACGUUCAGACUGCCCGGCCCGUCGCUCCACCUGCAACUUCUGCAAAAAGAAAGGCCACUUUGCCGAAGUAUGCCGCUCGCGGAAGCUCAAGCAGUACAAGCUCAGCUCCGUUCACCUGCACGCCGUCGCGACACCCGCCUCGGCAAAGUUCGUCGACGUCACCGUUGACGACUACACAGCGCAGUUCAAGGUCGACUCCGGAGCCGAAGUAUCUGCUGUUCCCAGCGACUUUCCUACCUUGCCUGCCACACUCGACCAAGUCGACACUCUGCUCACUGGCCCGGGAGGGCAGCCGCUGCGCGUGCUGGGCUCGUAUAUGGCACGACUUCAGUGGCAAGGGAAAACAAGUCGUCAGCGCCUCUACGUGAUCCAGUCUCUCACUGUGCCUCUUCUGGGACUGCCAGCGCACCAAGCUCUCCAAGUAGUUCGGUUUCUUGAUCAACUCAAGACUUCAAAAGCGACGCUGCACGCCGAGCUCUUCAAUGGAUUGGGCACUCUCAAGGACGAGUACACCAUCCGGUUGAAACCCGAUGCCGUACCUUUCUCGCUAAGCGUACCUCGCAGGAUCCCCAUUCCGCUGCUCGAGAUUGUCCGCCGCGAACUGAACAAAUUGGAAAGCGCAGGCGUGAUCCGUAGGGUCGACAAGCCAACACCAUGGUGCUCGGGUCUCGUCGUCGUCCGGAAAGGCGAUGGUUCCUACCGCCUCUGCGUCGACUUAACACAACUCAACAAGGUCGUCCUUCGUGAAAGACAUAUUCUGCCAACUGUCGAGCAAGUCCUUGGCCUCCCCGGCGACGCAACAGCUUUUUCGAAGUUGGACGCAACCGCAAGCUUCCACCAGGUGAAGCUGUCUGAAGACUCCCAAGAGCUUACGACAUUCAUCACCCCAUAUGGCCGAUACUGCUUCUGCAGACUCCCCUUUGGCAUCACCUCCGCACCAGAGUACUUCCAAAAGCAGAUGGCAAGCAUCCUGGAGGGCCAAGAAGGAGUCGCCAAUAUGAUAGACGAUAUUUUGGUUUUUGGACGCACCCGCCAGGAACAUGACGCCAGACUGAGCCAGGUGCUAUCUCGCCUUGCAAAAGCAGGUAUCACAUUGAACCAGGACAAGUGUCGUUUUGGGGUACCUGAGGUCUCCUUCCUCGGAGUUGUCGUCUCAGCACAGGGCAUCAGGCCAGAUCUGGGCAAGGUCGAAGCAGUCAAAGCCAUGGAAGCCCCAACGGACGUCGCUGGCGUUAGAAGGCUGCUCGGAAUGGUGAACCAUCUUGCCAGGUUCUUGCCACACAUCUCGGACGUCACAGCUCCCAUCAGAGCCUUACUGAACAAGACUGCGAGUUGGGUGUGGCAGCAUGAGCAAAAGGCAGCGUUCGAGAAAAUCAAGGAACUCUUGACGUCAGACAGGUGCAUGGCCAAGUACCACCCGUCGUACGCCACUACGGUGUCUGCAGACGCAAGCUCAUUCGGACUCGGCGCAGUUUUGCUACAGACGCAACCCUCAGGAGAGCGCCGCCCAGUCGCAUUCGCUUCGAGGUCAAUGACCGAUACCGAGCAGCGUUACAGCCAGACUGAAAAAGAAGCUUUGGCAACGACGUGGGCUAUCCAAAGGUUCGACGAGUUCGUCCGUGGCAUCCCCUUCGACGUCGAGACUGACCACCUGCCACUCGUUUCGCUUCUGGGCAAGAUGGAACUGGACGUGUUGCCUCCUCGUAUUCAGAGACUACGGCUGAAGACCAUGCGAUACCAGUUCCGUAUGCUGCACGUGCCAGGAAAGCUGCUAGCCACAGCUGAUACGUUGUCGCGCAUCACCUACAAGCCACCCACUCCUCUAGACACUAUCGAACUUUUCGCAGCACAGGUAGUCGGCUGCAUGUCGGAAGUCUUGCCACUCAGCCCUAAAGACGUGCGACAGGCAUAA